GGGAAUAAUAAAGUAUAAAGCAGAAAUCGACCUAAGCAGGCCACACCAUGUUUCCUGCUCGCGUGCUACUGGGGCUGUCUUUCUGCAUGGUCCUGUCCAUCAGCCAUGCAGCUAAUUCUACCUUCUACAAUCCCAUAUUUCCAGGCUUUUACCCAGACCCCAGCUGCAUUCAUGUCCCUGAGCGCGACAAUACCUUCUUCUGUGCCUCAUCAAGUUUCAAUGCCUUUCCCGGUAUCCCAAUCCACGCCAGCAAGGACCUGCAGAAUUGGAAGUUGAUAGGUCAUGUCUUGAACCGGAGAGAGCAGCUGCCUCGACUAGCCGAGACCAACAGGUCGACGAGCGGCAUAUGGGCACCCACCCUCCGCUUUCAUGACGAGACCUUCUGGCUGGUCACCACGCUGGUCGAUGAUGAUCGCCCCCAGGCCGACUCCUCCAGAUGGGAUAAUAUUAUCUUCAAGGGCAAAGACCCCUAUAAUCCAGCCUCGUGGUCGAAUGCUGUCCACUUCAACUUCACUGGAUAUGAUACAGAGCCCUUCUGGGACGUGGACGGAAAGACGUACAUCAACGGUGCGCACGCCUGGCAGGUCGGGCCGUAUAUACAGCAGGCUGAGGCAGACCUCGAUACCGGCGAAGUGGGCGAGUGGCGGGUGAUCUGGAACGGGACGGGAGGCCUGGCUCCCGAAGGACCACAUAUAUAUCGUAAGGAUGGGUGGUACUAUCUUCUAGCCGCAGAAGGCGGUACUGGGCUCGGCCACAUGGUGACCAUGGCCCGAUCGAAGAACGUCUCCGGGCCUUAUGAGUCUUAUGCCCAAAAUCCGGUCCUAACUAAUGCGAACACCACGAGUUACUUUCAAACUGUUGGCCAUUCCGAUCUAUUCCAGGACGGGGCAGGAAACUGGUGGGCUGUUGCCCUCUCAACACGCUCCGGGCCCGACUAUCUGCACUACCCCAUGGGUCGCGAAACCGUCAUGACGCCGGUGAGCUGGCCCGAAGGCCAGUUCCCUACAUUCACCCCGAUCACAGGAAAAAUGAGCGGUUGGGAGAUGCCGCCCACAGCAACCGACAUUCGCGGCGUAGGCCCCUUCGUGAACGACCCCAGGCCCGAACAUCUCACCUUCGGCCCCAACACCAUCCUCCCAGCGCACCUCAUCCACUGGCGCUUCCCCCCGCGGGACGCCAUGACCAUCUCCCCGCCGUCCAGGCCCAACCACCUCCGGCUGAACCCAUCUCGGCUGAACCUGACGGCCCUAAACGGCAACUAUGCCGGGCCCGAGGGGCAGAGCUUCGUCGCGCGGCGCCAGCAGCACACACUGUUCGCGUUCAGCAUCGACCUGGCCUUUUUCCCGUCCAGAGCCGACGAAGAAGCCGGCGUGACGGCCUUUUUGACGCAGAACCACCACCUCGAUCUGGGCGUCGUGCUCCUCCCUCGCAACGCGAGCACCAUGGACGCCCUGCCGGGAUACCGUCCCGCUGAGACUGGGGAUGGGGAUGAGGACGAGGAGGAGGAGUUGGUGCCCAUGGCGCGGUUCCGAGGGGAGUCGUACGUGCCGGUGCCCAAGCCGGUCGUGGUGCCCCUGCCUGUGGAGGCAUGGUGGCCGGCUAGAACUAAUACUACCAGUGGUGGUAGUAAAAGUGGAGGGCGGGAGCUGACGGUGACGCUGGAGAUCAAGGCUGCUAACGCGACGCAUUACUCGUUCAGCGUCGGUCCUGCCGGGAGGAGGUCAGCUAUGCAGACCGUUCUGUAUGCUUCCAAUGAGGCAGUUAGUUGGGGGUUCACGGGUACGCUGCUGGGCAUCUACAGCACAAAAAAUGGCGGAAACGGGACGACGCCGGCCUACUUCUCGAACUGGCGGUACACUCCCCAGGGGCAGUUCCGAGACUGAGGACAAUAAAACACUGUCAGGAUCUUCUCGGUAUCUGAACUGAAUUAUCCAAAUUAAUCAUGCAAAA